AUGGCCAAAAUAUCUGCACCCUUGGAGUUUGCAGAUGCAAUAUUCCACCUGGUGCGAGCAAAGUACGUGGAGCUGGCCGGCUGCUCCUCACUGCUGCACGCACGUCACAAAGGCCUGGCGGGCAUCGUCAUGACCAGAGGUCUGGAUCUCAGACAGGCCCAAGUGGUGGCGCUAUCGACCGGCACUAAAUGCAUUAAUGGAGAGUAUAUCAGUGACCAGGGUCUGGCGGUCAACGACUGUCACGCUGAAAUCACCACCAGACGAGCCCUGCUGCGGUUCCUGUACUCCCAACUAGAGCUACACCUCAGCAAAAGGAAAGAGGACUGGGAGCAAUCGAUCUUCGUACGGCACAGAGAUUCCUGUUUGAGACUCCGAGAGAACGUCCUCUUCCACAUGUACAUCAGUACGUCGCCCUGCGGGGACGCCCGCGUCAACUCGCCGUAUGAAAUCACCUCCGACUUGCACAGCAACAGACACUUGGUAAAGAAGUUUCACAGCCAUCUUCGGACAAAGAUUGAAUCAGGGGAGGGUACGCUGCCCGUGAAGACCACCGGUCCCGUCCAGACGUGGGACGGAGUCCUUCAAGGAGAACGUCUCAUCACCAUGUCAUGCACAGACAAGAUUUCCAGGUGGAAUGUGCUCGGCCUGCAGGGGGCGCUACUCAGUCAUUUUGUGGAGCCAGUGUAUCUGUACAGCCUGACGGUGGGCAGCCUGAGACACACGGGUCACUUCUCCAGGAUGAUGAACCACAGGCUAGAGAGAGUCGGACCUCUGCCCACCUGCUACUACCGUAACCAGCCUUUUCUUAGCGGCCUGAGCAACAGUGACUGCAGGCAGCAGGGGAAGUCUGUGUGCUACAGUGUCAAUUGGACGACAGGUGACAUCCAACUGGAGAUGCUCAACGCGUCUACUGGGAAGAGGAGGGACUCCGGGGCUCCAUCUAGACUUUGCAAACAUGCGCUUUUUGAACGUUGGAUCAGACUCUAUCGCAAGCUGGUGGUCCGUGGGGCGAGUGGUAUGCCGCUGUACUGUGAAGCGAAGCAGGCGGCCGGCACCUACCAGACUGUGAAGCUGCAGUGGUUGAAGGGUCUACAGGAAGCAGGAUUAGGGACAUGGGUCAGAAAACCUCCCGAGCAGGAAAACUUCACUUUGACUGUAUGAGUACUGAAGCUUGUCCUCAUCACCAAAACCACCUUCACCCUGCAACCAGUCGCCACAGAAGCCCUUACUCACCCCAGAGUCAACAACAUCCCACUGCCAAAAAACUUCCACUAGUGGAGAACCUUGUUCUGUCGAACUCUCGCAAAAUGUUGCUACUGAGGUAAAGAUGAGGCAUGGAAGAAUUUUGCGUUAGUGUUUAUUUCCCCCCAAACCAGUAAAGCGCAAACACAAACUUACCUCACAGCCGAUUCUGUUGACUUCAUUGGUCAUGCCAGUCACAAUGUCGAAUAUGUACCCCUAUCCUUAACCUGAGUCCCCUCACAUUUGAAGCACAUCCCCAUAGAUAGGGUUAGUUUGUUGCAAUUAAAUCCCUUCCAAAAGUCUGGAUUUUUAGUCAGGUUGACUUUGUGAUCGAGUUGACCAAUGGCUGAGGGAAGGGACUUGCGCUUAACUGAUAUAGAAGAAAAAUCACUUGUACGAUUCAAUUAAUGUUGACAUUAAACUACAUGAAAGAUCCUAUACUCAUCCUCCACACUUGAUUAAAACAUAGAACCAUAAUGUACCUCCUUGUUCUAGCUAGUCAACAUUAUUUUUUUUGCUAUGCAAAGCUAGUAGGCUAAGCUAAGAACAAAUACACCAAAAAAUUAGUUUCAAGCAUUUCUAAUCCGGAUCAGAAUUGAUGGAAUUGCUUUGGUGUCCAAAGGGGACAGGAUCUUGCAGGACAUUGAAAAAUCCUGUUUAAAACUGCAAUACUUGGAUGACAUAAUUAAAUAAUUGUACACAAAAUAUUGAUUUGAGUUUUAAUAUUUUAUUAGCUCACCAGACGCAAAGCUUCCAUGAAGAAAACCAUUCCCAGUAAGCACACAGUGCUGACUUCAGUUAUCCGGCUGAGCCUGUGUUAUCAGCUUUUACCAGUUGUUAUUGGGGGAUAAAAUACUGCUGGAUGCAGCGAUUGAUCAAUUACUCCACAGAGCCAUAUUAAUAAACCAUAACAUUCUUGUAAUGAGUUCCAGGAGCUUAUAGAAUACCUUUAGGCCCAAUCCCAUUUCUAAUUGAUACCCCUACGCCUACCCCUUCUCAUUGUCCCUUGAAACAGAGUGUGAAGGGGUAGGGCUGAAAAUAUUCCCCCAAGAAAUGGGACACCACUACUACACUGUUACAUGUCAUCAUACACCGCCGCCAUGUUAAAGAAAAUUCACGGUUUACACAAACUCAGAUGUGUGGUAAAAGAUAAGUUACCUGCCACUGGACUAGUAUUUAUGUUGUAAAAACAGUGAGUAUCAAUAAAAUAUGUUGUGGAACAGUCAAUAACAUUAGUGAACUGUUAUCAUAGCGAUUUUUUGCAAACCUUUCUUCUGAGAUAAUAACUGUACAUACGAACACAAAUUGAAUGUAACAUAUAAAAAUGACUUACUUUUAUGGGUCUCUCUGCUUGCUAUGGCAGCCAUAUUGCCAUAUGCGGGGAAAUUUAUCAUACCCUUUCAUUUAAAGUUAGGUCCUCAAAAAUCUUCGUUUGAAGGGUUAUCUGGCCCUCCCCCUACCCCUAUCCCCUCCGGCCAAAAGAGGAUUGAGACAAACGAAAUGAAGAAGGGGAAGGUGAAGGGGUAAAGGGUAGAAUUGGGAUGGGCUGUAAGGCGGUC